AUCAUGAAGACUUCCGCUGUGCUGUUCUUCCUCGGGCUUCACGCCUUGCCUGCGCUGGGUCAGACACUCGCUCCUUCGCCCACCGAGUCGUUCGGAUGCGUCCCUCACGACGACCACUGGCACUGCGAGGGCGCGCGUUCCACAACGGCCGGAGCCGUCGAGUCCUCGCCUCCGCCGGCCGUGACCUCGGCCACCAGCGAGCAUCCUGACGAGCACACCACGACCGACAGCCCCGGCACUGGUUCCCUGGCUCCCAGCCCAACCGAGUCAAUUGGCUGCGUGCCGCACGGCGACCACUGGCACUGCGAGGGUCCUGCCCCCGUCGAGACGGGAUCGUCCGAGGCCGAGGCCGAGUCCAGCACUACCGUGGCGGUUACGACUACUACUACCUUGGCGACGAGCACCGUCACGAGCAGCGGGGCCGCCUCGGGCACCGGCGCCCUCCAAUCUACUACGACGACAACUGGCGGAUCCCCGGUCGUCACCGCUGGUGCUGCUGCUGGCCCCAUGAUUGGUGCCGUCCCUGUGUUUGGCCUGGUUGUUUAUGCCGCUCUGGGCUUCUGAAUUUGGAGGUUUUGAGCCAGCCGCCAGUACUAUGAGCUGGAAUGUCCGUAACUCCGGCGGAAACCCCAGAGACUGGCCUGUGGAUAGCUCAGCCCUGGAUUGACCUCAUUGGUCUGGUUUUAGGGCUUGUUGUACAUGCAAAGGAAUAACUUUACCUUCAACUGGGGGGGAAUAAUACCUUGACCUUUGGGGUACUAUGUUAAUUAGAUGUACCUUAACUCGCUUUUUGAUCCAUUAUAUUUAGAUACUGUUCUGAAGUCGAGAGCUGACUCUUCAAGUACAAUACAUGAUCAUGGGCUCUGGCAGAAAAGAGACUUGAAAAGCUAUGAUUUAUCCUGCAAAUUUCAGCUGUUGAGACCGGUCUACGGCCGGAUACGUGUAGUAUCGUGCUGUAGGAUAGCCUCCUGAUAUCACCAGCAAAUGGAAUCCAUGAUCAGUGCUGAGGUGGUUCAGUUG